AUGAUUUAUUUCCAGAUUUUACGGUGUAUCAAAGACUUUUGGGAAGGUUGUUGUACCUGACCAAUACGCGACCAGAUAUAAUGUUUGCAGUUCAACAUUUGAGUCAGUUUAUGCACAGACCGAAAAAUUCGCAUUUGGAGGCUGCUAUCCGGGUGGUACGAUACAUAAGGAAAAGUCCUGGUCAAGGUAUUUUGUUAUCUGCAGCUAGCAAAUUGCAGGUGGUUGCUUUUUGUGAUUCCGAUUGGGCUUCAUGUCCUAUGUCUAGGAGAUCAGUGACUGGUUUCUGUAUUAAACUUGGAGAGUCUCUUAUAUCGUGGAAGUCAAAGAAACAAACCACAAUCUCUCGAUCAUCAGAAGAAGCUGAAUAUAGAAGUAUGGUGGUAGUAGUGGCAGAAGGUGUUUGGCUGAAUGGAUUGUUAAUAGAAAUAAGUCUUAAUCAACCAGCUAAGUCUGUGGUAUUUUCAGAUAGCAAGGCAGCUUUAUAGAUUGCAGCCAAUCCAGUUUUUCAUGAACGAACUAAGCAUAUAGAGGUCGAUUGUCAUUUUGUACGAGAUAAAAUCAAAGAUGGAUUGAUUCAAAUGCAGCAUGUGGGAACAACUGAACAACUUGCUGAUUUAAUGACAAAGGCUCUAGGUGUUAAAUAGCAUGAGUAUUUAGUGUCCAAGUUGGGGGUUAAAGAUAUAUAUCAACCCUCAACUUGAGGGGGAGUGUUGAGAUAUUGAGAAGUAAAGUGGUUG